UACGGUAGAAGACGAGGCCUCCCGUUUCAUCGCGCGAAAUGGCUCGCUCCUGCUUCUGCUCCGCUUUCAUCCUCGCUGUUCUUCUCCCGAUCCUUGCAAUAGUCGCCGGAAAUCUCGCCGUAGAGGCUCGAGAAGCGCGAUCCACUCUUCAGAGAAGGAACGGAGAUCGAUCCGGCGCUUCCCCUGAUGCUCCGGCCCGGCUCCAAUUCAAGGCGAGGCAACCGGGGGAGUUCAAGAUACUUCAGGUGGCGGACAUGCACUACGCCGACGGUAGAUCUACCGGAUGCCUCGACGUGUUCCCCAAUCAGACCGCCGCUUGCUCCGAUCUCAACACCACUGCCUUCAUCCACCGCGUCAUCCGAGACGAGCACCCCGAUCUCGUCGUUUUCACCGGUGAUAACAUAUAUGGCUUCGAUGCUACUGAUGCUGCCAAGUCUCUUGACAUGGCAUUUGGGCCGACAGUCGCCCUCAAGCUCCCCUGGGCUGCUGUCCUGGGUAACCAUGACCAAGAGUCUACCCUAUCCAGGGAGGGUGUUAUGCGCCACAUUGUCGGCAUGCCCUACACUCUCUCGAGGCUCAAUCCAGAUAACACUGAUAUUGAUGGCUUUGGCAACUACAAUUUGGAGGUUUUCGGAGCUGAGGGUUCCUCACUCGCCAACAAAUCAAUACUCAAUCUAUACUUUCUCGACAGCGGUGAUUACUCCACCGUCCCCUCAAUCCCUGGGUAUGGUUGGAUCAAAGCCUCCCAACAACUUUGGUUUAAGCAAACGUCUUCACGCUUGCAGAAAGAGUACAUGAGCAAGCCAAAUGGACAGAAGGAGGCAGCACCUGGCCUUGCCUACUUCCACAUCCCCUUGCCGGAAUACAGCAGCUUCGACCCAUCCAACUUUACGGGGGUGAAACGGGACCCCAUCAGCUCUGCAUCAAUCAAUUCAGGGUUUUUCGCGACAAUGGUAGACGCCAGGGAUGUCAAAGCUGUUUUCACAGGGCAUGAUCACCUGAAUGACUUUUGUGGGAAUCUAACAGCCAUUCACCUCUGCUAUGCCGGCGGGUUCGGUUACCAUGCUUACGGAUUGGCCGGGUGGUCAAGAAGAGCAAGGGUGGUGUCAGCAUACUUAGAGAAGAAUCCUGCAAAUGGCGAGUGGGGUGGAGUGAGAUCCAUCAAGACAUGGAAACGCUUAGACGAUCAGUAUCUUUCGACCAUCGAUUCCCAAGUCCUUUGGAGCAAGGGAACUAAUGGUAGGCGCAGGAGAAGUAGACAUUGAAGAAGUGUGGUGCUUGCAAGGUUAUAGCAGGAGAGGAUGAACACAGCCUACAAACGAAGUCUUUGAAAACUGAAGAGACAGGUUUGUAACUAUCUAUAUUCCUACUUUUCUUCAUGAACGUUAGUCCAUAGAUAAAAUAAGGAGAAGCAUAAUAAACAGUUAAUGUUACCUUACAGAAUUAUCUAUUUGGGUGAAAUUUGAUAAAAGAAAAAAAAAAGUUAGCAUUUUGAUUCU